AACCGCGCCGCUCUCUCUCUCUCUCUCGCACGAGCCGCGCCGGCGCCGCCACCACGCGCGCGGGAGACAGAGACCACAGCCGCAGCCACCGGCGGGCGGAAUAGGAAUGGUGGCGCCGGGGGGAGGAGCAGGAGGAGGUCCGUCGCGGUGGCCGGCGGCGGAGGAGCUUGACACUGUACGGAAGAAGGUGGUGGAGAUUAGUGGAAGGGAUGAACAAGAGGUUAUGGUUGCUGCUUGCCCCUACAGAAUUUGCCCUUUGGGGGCUCAUAUUGAUCAUCAGGGUGGAGUAGUCACAGCUAUGACCAUAAAUUAUGGAGUACUCCUUGGUUUCGUUCCCUCUAAUGGUUCUGAGGUUUUACUUCAUUCUGGUCAGUUUGAAGGUGCUAUAAGAUUCAGAGUUGAUGACUUGCAAAAGCCUAUUGAUAAACCUGAGAACAUAAACUGGGGAAGUUAUGCAAAAGGUGCUGUUAGUGCACUGCAGAAUAGUGGAUAUGAUCUAAGGAAGGGUAUCAUAGGAUAUAUUUCUGGUGUGAAAGGUCUUGAUAGUUCAGGGCUCAGUUCUUCUGCGGCGGUUGGCAUCGCCUACUUGCUGGCUUUAGAACAUGUAAAUGAUCUGGUUAUAUCACCAGUAGAUAACAUUCAGUUAGACAAGUACAUUGAAAAUAAAUACUUGGGUCUCGAAAAUGGCAUUCUAGAUCCAUCUGCCAUUUUGCUUUCACGGUAUGGCUAUCUCACCUUCAUGGACUGCAAGACUGCUUCACCUUCCUACGUCUGCUUCUCGGAGCUGAAUAAAAGCCAACAGCCUCAGGGACAGCUACCAUUCAAGAUUUUGUUGGCAUUUUCAGGACUCCAACAUAAUCUGCCAAAGAAGCGUGGAUAUAAUACACGAGUUUCUGAGUGCAAAGAGGCUGCCCGUGCUCUUUUGCAUGCUUCAGGCUGUGAAGAUACACCAAAUAUACUUUGCAAUGUUGACCCAGUUGUAUAUGAGACCCAGAAGUGUGUAUUGGAAGAAAAUCUUUCCAGGAGAGCUGAACACUACUUUUUUGAAAUGAAGCGGGUUACAAAGGGCAGGGAUGCAUGGGCUCAUGGGAACCUACAAGAACUUGGACAGCUGAUCUCUGAAUCUGGUCGCAGCUCCAUACUCAACUACGAAUGUGGGAGCAAAGAGAUGAUCCAGCUGUACGAGAUCCUGCUGAAGGCCCCCGGCGCCCUCGGCGCCCGGUUCAGCGGCGCCGGCUUCAGGGGCUGCUGCCUGGCCAUCGUGGAGAGCGACCGCGCGGAGGAUGCGGCUGCAUACGUCCGUGCCGAGUACGAAAAGGCCCAGCCCGAGCUGGUCUCCAGGAUCCCCGCGGAUCGCCGUGUUCUGGUCUGCGAGCCCGGGGACUCCGCGCGCGUCAUAUUGCCUGAUCCUCACCUGAGCUCCUGAUGCCAUUUCGUGGCCCGGACAGACGGAAUGAUGACUCUACUAGUCCAUUCGCUGCGUUUGGAUUCGUUUUUAGUUAAGCCCCUUUUGAGCAUCGGAUAUUUUCCUUUCCUUUAUUGUUUCUAAUAAAAAUAAAUUAAUUUCUGUAAA